AUGAGGGGCGCGGGGGGGAACCGAGCCCCCGGGCCUGCCCCCGGCCCUGCGCGGCGGGAGAGCGGGGCGGCGACGCGGCGGAACCGAACGGAGUAUCCGUGCCGAGGGGACGGAGGGGUCGGCGCCAAUAGUGACGCGGGUCUCGGCGGGGUCGCCCCCCUCCCCGACCCCGACCCCCCCGCGGCGAGGAUGGUGCGUUCCCGCCCGUCAGCGGCGGGGGCUGCAGCGCCCGGCCCGGUCCGCACGGGGGCGCUACCCGCAGGCACGGAGCCCACGGGAUCCCGGGAUCGUCCCGGGAAGGUUGCGGCAGCCUCCCCUCCCUGCUGCGGCUCGGGCGAGGGGCGAAGCCGCGGCAGAAAUCCGUCAUUGAAGGAAGAAGUACUCGCACGGCUGGGGGAACCAGAGGGCACCAAUGCCCCGGGCUGCGAUUCCCAGAAACCAAAUCCCAAUUUCCAGGGCGGGGCCGUGCUCGUUCGGUCUAUUUAAUCAGAAACAUUCCCGGAGUCUCCAGGAAAACGUUCCAGGACGGCGGCGUAUCCCGGGGAUUGCGGUGCAUUCGCACAGUCCAAGCACACCCUGAAGCCUGAGGGGGGAAUUCCUUUGAGGGCGUGCAGCUCUCGGCAGCAUCCCGAGCUCUCCGGGGAUCCCAAAUGGCAUCCCCAAAAAGUGGCACCCCCUAGCCUAAACCCUGUGUUCGUGGGAGAUGGAGGUGGGCUUGGGGCCCCAGCAGGAUUUGGGGAUUUCACGGGGAUUAGGGAAGGGGAAA